AUGAGUCUCUCGCCUCUUGUCCGGUUUUCUGCUUGGCUGGCUGAUCUCUGUAAUAAAUUGGCGGCAAAUGAUCAUCCAGGACGGAGAAGAGAGCAGACGAUAUUCGCCACGCGAUCGAUAUUCCUGAAGCCCCCUACACCCCACCUCCUCUCAGCUUCCCAUCCCCCAGUUCCACCACCACCCAACCCUAACACCAGCCCCCUACACCCCACCUCCUCUCAGCUUCCCAUCCCCCAGUUCCACCACCACCCAACCCUAACACCAGCCCCCUACACCCCACCUCCUCUCAGCUUCCCUUCCCCAGCUCCACCACCAUCCAACCCUAACACCAGCCCUCGACACCCCACCUCCUCUCAGCUUCCCAUCCCCAGCUCCACCACCAUCCAACCCUAA